CUUAUUAUAAUUUUUUUGAUAAUGUAUUGAAUGCUUAAUCUUUUGAAAUUUUUUCUUAUAUAUAACUGACAAAAGAAAUUAAGAGAGGUGAAGGAAGAGAAAGGAAAAGAAGGAGAAAGUGCGGUGUGCAUGGUAGUUGGAUUUUAUUGUAUCGCCUGGUAGAAAUGGGUAGCGAAGAAGAGAGGGUUCUUGAGAACCAACUAGAACUCCAAUUGCACGAGCAAAGAGAUUCUCUCACUGCUAUCGAUGACGCUCUUCUCCUUGAUCCAACCAAUUCCGAACUCCUCGAGGUUCAUGAGGAGCUUGUUCAGGCUAUUAAGGAUGCUGAGGAAGGACUUCUUCACUUAAAGCGUUCAAGAUUAUUAUCUGAAGCAGACGCAGUGCUGCGAAGUACUAAUAUUUUUGCGGAAGAAGAGAAAGUAGAGCCCCUUGAUCCUGCUGAUGUUGAACCAGAGCCACUAGAAGAAAAAGGCUUUUCUGUUGGAUCUAAAUGUAGAUUUCGUUACAAAGAUGGACGUUGGUACCAUGGUCAAGUGCUGCAAUUGGAUAAUUCAGUGGCAAAGAUUUCAUUUCUUACUCCUACAUCUGACAAUAUGCUGAUGUGCAAGUUCUUUUUACAACAGCGGUGUCGAUUUGGUAGUAACUGUCGCCUAUCCCAUGGAAUUGAUGUUCAACUGUCCUCCCUUAAGGAAUAUGUCCCAACAAUCUGGAAGCCAUCUCAUGCGGGGUCAAGUAUAUGGGCAGUCUCAAAUGCAAAUGCAGGCAUUUGGAGAGAAGCUGAGCUUGAGUCAUGGGAUGAAAAAGCUGGAGUUGGACAAGUUGUUUUCCGAGACGAUGGAAGUUCUUUGAAGCUUGGUGCACAAGAUAUGGUAUUAACUGAAUAUGCAGAUGUGAGUGACAUAGAUAGUGAUUUCAGCUCAGAACAAUCCGAUUACAGUGGCUCCGAGGAAGAGGAGCCACAAGGUUUAGGAUUUAUGGAUAGUACCAACUUACAGAAAGGUGUUCAAACAGAAACUGCUAUAUUUGCAAAGUGGGAGAAUCACACCAGAGGCAUAGCUUCCAAAAUGAUGGCGAAUAUGGGUUACCGAGAAGGAAUGGGCUUAGGUUUAACUGGUCAGGGUAUGGUUGAUCCAAUACCAGUUAAAGUCCUACCACCAAAGCAGUCAUUAGAUCAUGCACUCAAAUCUCAUAAAGUAGAAGGGAACACAGAGAAGCAAAGGAAGAAACGGACCAGAGGUGGUAGAAGAAAACGCGAGAAGAAAUUUGCAGAAGCAAAUCGUGCCGCAAAAGAAAAGGAAGAAUCGGCACCAGAUGUCUUUUCACUAAUAAAUACUCAGCUAGCAAUGCACGGUGAAGCUUCCAAUGAUGGCGGAUCAAUGAAGAAGCAGCAAAGUAAAAGCUUAGGGGAAGGUAAAAAGGUGGAUAGGAGGGUGUUGGUUGCUUAUGAGAAUGAUGUGAAGGAUCUGAAAGUGCAGGUUCAAAAGUUUGAACAAAUGGCAGAAGCAAACAAAAAAGAAAAGCCUGUUUACGAUGCUGCCAUGAAAAAAUUAGUUCAAACCCGCAAGGCUUUGGCCGAGGCUGAAGCAGUUCACGCCUCUGCCUCAAAUGAUGUUGUUAGCAAAGAAAAAGAGAAGAGAUGGCUAAAGUUUUAGUUACAGUACUUAGGACUCAGUUCUGUGUGUAGUUGCAUAUUGUAAUGCCUUCAAUGAUGAUACUUAAAAAGAAGAAAAAUGAAAGAAAGCUCACAGGUCUAAGUAAUAACUCUACUACGAUACUUGUAGUUUGCGGUGUACUGUAAUAUGCAGCUCAUGUACAUGCUCUGUUCUAGUGCAGGUGGAAGAUGUGGGAUAUUAUUUUUAUAAACCAUCAAUUUGAUUUUGAAA